GGUCACCUCGACGCGCAGCCGACGCUCCGCCCGGGGGGCCAUGGCGUGGCCGGGUGCGGCGUGGCCGUGAGCGCGCCGCCCCUGGCCGGUCGCGCCCCGGCCGGCCUCGGGGGGCCCCGUCGGGCGAGCAGGACUUCCUCAGCUCCAGGCUGGCCGGGCCCGCGCUGGCGCCCCACGUGGCGGAGGCGAUGGGGAACUCGGCGGACUGCUGCCAAGGAGCUGAGGACUCGGCCGCCGCGGCCGCCGCCCCCGACCUCCAGUGCCUCGAGGCCUCGCCUGUGCUCACGGACUCCGGCGGCUGCUGCACGGGCGUCCAGGCGAGCGCGCCGAGGCCUGCGGGGCGCAGUUGGGCGGCACCUUUCCUGCGCGCG